AAGCAGGGCAAUGCUGUUCGAUUGGACAUUGUCUGAGUUGGGUGUUCCAGAUAAAGGUAAAGUUUGUGUACAAUGUACAAAUUGUGAGGCAAGCAUCAAAUGUGAAGACUGUUUUGCAUUUUUGUGUCACAUUUGUGACCAAAUGCAACAUUUUCUCAUGCCUUUCCACCACAGAUUAUAUUGGAAAAAUGGCUUUUAUGAGCCAUUACACCCGACACAAUCUGUGUGCCCUGAAGGAAAUAUCUUUCACUGGAAACCUGUUGUACCAGCCCAACCACCAAAUUCUUGCCCCUACUGCACAGAUUGCAAGUUUAAAAUUUCAAGCUCCAGCAAUCUCUGCAUCUUCAACACUAUAAUGGGAAGGUAUGACCUCUAUACUCCAAUCUAUACAUGCCACUGUGGAUAUGAGCAUCAACAACUAGGCAAGACCAUGCACAAGUCUGGUUUCUAUUCAUCAUUAGGAAAGAGCAGCACAUUCUACAGCACCAGUCUGCUUGAAUCAUGGCACCAUAUAAAAAGAAAUUGUCCCGGAACAUCAUUUCGGGCAUUAGUCACUGCACUGGAAUCCUUUGGUGCUUCUCGUGGGCGUAUUGGACCCAUUAAUUAUAUAACUUCGAAGAGAGUGUUCUUCGAAUGGCGAUUCCAGCAAUAUGAGCUGAGAAAAAUUAGAGGAGAAGCUGACAAUGAGUGUCCUGCUUGUGAUAAAACCCCUUUAGCAGUACAUAUUGAUGGCAACAAGAAGCUGUAUCGUUACAACAAAGUUGGGAGAGGUAUCAGAAACCCCUAUUAUUCUGAUAGUAUCUUCAGCAAAGAUGAAGAUGUUCAAGCUCAUGUUGGCACUAUUCAGAGCUUGAAAACUAAGAGUAAGCACACGUGUGGAGUGUCUACAUGGAAAGCUGCUCAAAAUAAGCCUCUUUCAUUCCAAAGUUUGGAUGAAACAGGAAUCAGCAUGGCCUCCUGUCGACAUGGUAUUAUCCUCCACACCUUGAAUAUGUAUCAAGGAGAGCUGUACAGUUAUGCCCACUAUUUGCAAAUUAUGUAUUUCAAAUACGUAAAGUUUAUUUGUCAAGACAUAAUUUGCAAAUAUUGGCCAUGGGCCUUAACUGUGGCUCAGAAACAAUCACAUUUUCACAUUGGUCAAGCAAAGCCAUUUUUAGGAGUCCUACAUGCAAAAGGACAUGCUUGGUAUUGUCAGGUAUUGUAUGGAGGGCGGUGGCAAGAAGGAAGUGGCAUGACUUUAGGGGAAGAGGCAGAGCAAGUGUUUGCAUACCUCUCACGAUACAACUCUACAACUAAAAACAUGCUGAAAGCUGAAAGAACAGAAGAACUCACAGAGGGUGCAGUCUUUUGGAACCAUCGAAAAAUUGAUGGACUGGCUCGUGCAUUAGUUACUCGACUCAGAAAGGUACUAAAAAUAAUAUAUAUUUAUUUUAUUUAUUUGUAUUUAUUUUGAAACUUAUUAUAAUGCAUUUAUAUGUGAAAGGUAUUAUAAUGCAUUUAUAGGUUAGUUAUGUGUUCAGAUCAUGUAC